AGAGCGCGCUCGGGAAUCAUCAGUUCAAAUCCAACAAAGCGCCAAAGCAAACCGCCAAAGCGAUUCUAUCCACAUCCAACUCCGAAGAAGGACAUUUUGCCAAGUGAAGUGAAAGUGAGAAGGAAUUAUUCUUGUGCAAGCCGUCGUAGUAUUCCAGUGCAACAACAGUGAAAAUGUCGAUCGUACCGAUUUUCUUCCGCAACUGGUGGGACGACGAGUUCGAUCGUCCGCUGUGGAAUUCCCGGCUUCUGGAUCAGCAUUUCGGUGGCGGAGUGACCGCAGAUGACCUUCUGAACGCCAUGGCAUCAGUGAACGAUCGUCGGCUGCAGCAACGCCAUCACCAUCAUCAUCUACAGCCGACUCGGUACAGCCGUCCCUGGCACAGCUCCUGUGUGACCACCAAGAGAGACAGUGGAUCCACGGUGAACGUCACGGGCGACAAGUUCCAGAUUAACCUGGAUGUGCAGCAGUUUUCGCCGGAAGAGAUCUCGGUGAAGUACGUGGACAAGUCGAUCGUAGUGGAGGGCAAGCACGAGGAGAAGCAGGACGAACAUGGCUACAUCUCACGGCACUUUGUGCGACGCUAUAUGCUUCCGAACGGACACAACGAGAACGAUAUCUUGUCAUCUCUCUCAUCCGACGGCAUCCUGACGAUCACAUGUCCUCGGAAGGAGAUCGAACCAAAGAAACCUGAACGCUCCAUUCCAAUCACACACACUGGACAGCCGCUGAAGAAGCUGGCCGAAAAUGCAUCUACGGACAGUGCAUUGGGCAAAAAGGCAGGAGAAAAAAUGGAAUCAUAAGUCUGCAUCAUUUCAUCAUCAUUUUAUUUAACCUGAUUACUUUCUAAAUGUCUAAUAAAAUUUUAAUUUAAAUGUUUGCUUUCAUGUAAAAACAAACAUUGCGUUUUGUCUUAUUUGUUGCUGUGAGAGUUGAAAGAAAAAAAGAAUUGAAAUUAAUAAAUAUUAUCUGUUUAAAGAUGUGUUCAAAUGAUAUUGAAGCUUGUAUGAGAAAAGUUAAUCCACGAAAAGUACAGUGAUCUGAGUUAGAUAUCAAAUGCA